GUGAAACGACAGGUCAGAACCGUAAUUUCAACUCAAAACUUUGUCCAAUUUCCCAUCUUUUUCCCUUUCCUUCUUCAAAUUCAAUUCCUUUACCUCCCUCAUGUGCGAACUACAGAUUCAUUCCAUUCCAUUUCCAAUUUCAACUCUCAAUUCCAAUCUUCAAUCUUCCAUCUCCGAUACCCUUUUCCCCUUUUCCCCAUUCCAUUCUUAAAUCGCUUCAUUCCCACGCUCUUUCCUCUCCGCAAUGAAUCUCUGAUCACUUCCCCCAUCGGAAAAAAAAAUUAUCUGUUUUUCCUUUUUUUUUUUCCUCCCUUCCGGUUAAUCGCUUCCGAUUUUCACCCCCCUUUAAUAUAAUCUUUUCCCUUGUUUUUUUUUUUUCCUCCAAUUAUGAAGAAGGUUGUUGUUGGAACGGCUUUGGUUUGUGCUGCUGCUGUUUGUACGGCGGCGGCGUUGGUAGUGCGUCAUCGGAUGAAGAACUGUGGGAAGUGGAGUAAAGCGAUGGGUAUAUUGAAGGAGUUUGAAGAGAAGUGUAGAACUUCGACGGAGAAGAUGAAACAAUUGGCGGAAGCUAUGGCUGUUGAGAUGCAUGCUGGUCUUGCAUCUGAAGGUGGAAGUAAGCUUAAGAUGCUCAUUAGUUAUGUGGAUAAUCUUCCCACUGGGGACGAGAAAGGGCUGUUCUAUGCAUUAGAUCUUGGAGGCACAAACUUUCGUGUGUUGCGUGUACAAUUAGGAGGAAAGGAUGAUCGUGUUGCUAGGCAAGAAUUUGUUGAAGUUUCGAUUCCUCCACAUGUAAUGACGGGAACUUCAGAGGAGUUAUUUGGUUUUAUAGCUGAAGCACUUGCAAAAUUUGUUGAAGAGGAAGGUGAUGGCUACCACCCGGUAUCUGGUAGACAAAGAGAGCUGGGUUUUACAUUUUCUUUCCCAGUUAGACAAACAUCUAUUGCCUCAGGGACACUUAUAAAGUGGACAAAGGGAUUCAAUAUUGAGGACACGGUUGGACAAGAUGUGGUAGGAGAAUUAACAAAGGCCAUGGAAAAGAUUGGAUUGGAUAUGCGUGUGGCGGCUUUGGUAAAUGAUACAAUAGGCACACUAGCUGGGGGCAGAUACCACAACGAUAAUGUUAUUGCUGCUGUGAUUCUAGGAACUGGAACAAAUGCUGCAUAUGUGGAACGGGCACAUGCAAUUCCUAAAUGGCAAGGCCUUCUACCUCAAUCAGGAGAGAUGGUUAUUAACAUGGAAUGGGGUAACUUCCGGUCUUCUCAUCUUCCCUUCACCGAGUAUGAUCAAGCUCUAGAUUCGGAAAGUUUAAACCCGGGGGAACAGAUUUUUGAGAAGAUGAUAUCUGGUAUGUAUCUAGGAGAAAUCGUUCGCAGAGUUCUGUGUAGGAUGGCUGAAGAAGCUGCCCUUUUUGGUGAUGUUGUUCCGCCUAAACUUAAGAAACCUUUCAUUCUUAGGACUCCGGACAUGUCUGCCAUGCAUCAUGAUACAUCUCCAGAUCUGAAAGUUGUUGGAACCAAGCUAAACAACAUUUUGGAGGUAUCGAACAGCCCCCUACCUUUGAGAAAAAUCGUCUUUGAGCUAUGUGACAUUGUUGCCACUCGUGGUGCACGUCUAUCAGCUGCUGGGAUUUAUGGGAUCAUCAAGAAAUUGGGAAGAGACACUCCAAAAGAUGGGGAUAACCAGAAAUCUGUCAUAGCUGUUGAUGGUGGGUUAUUUGAGCACUACACUAAAUUUAGAAACUCCUUGGAGAGUUCACUCAAGGAAUUACUGGGAGAACAAGUUGCGGACAACUUUGUGAUCGAGCACUCAAACGAUGGCUCUGGGAUUGGAGCAGCACUUCUCGCUGCAUCUCAUUCCCAGUAUCUUGGGGUAGAGGAGUCCUGAAAAAAGGAGUCCAAUGCCAGCCAAGAGAUCAUUAUGUGGUAGAUUUGCCUGCGAAAAGUCCCAAGAUUUCGAAGUGGCUCCCUCUAUCGUUAUGAUGUUGGAACCAAUGUUGAUGGCAUUGGGGCACAAGUCCUCCCUUCAGCUCUGACAUGGUUAAUAAAUGGGGACAAGAUUUCCCUUCUCGCCAGCGUCUCCAAUGAAACCAUCCUUCUCCGGUUCCUUUGCCAAAUAAAUUAGAACCACAUGGCCUGUUUGAAGGCUGUCAAAUUUCUCCUUUUGAAUUAGAUCAAUCCAUCAAUGGAUGAUAGCGAGAACUGUUAUCAAGUAUACGAAUAAAGAAUUUCAAUUUUCAUUCGUUC